AUGAAUAUUGCGUCAGAUUUUAAGAAAUACUGGAACGUAGAAAACUGCGUGGGAGCUGUUGAUGGCAAGCAUAUAGCCAUCCUUCAACCCCCUGGUAGUGGAUCUUACUUCUAUAACUACAAGAACUUUUUCAGCAUAGUAUUGCUCGCUGUGGUUAACGCGAACUACGAGUUUAUAUAUGUGAAUUGUGGAGUUGAUGGACGAGUGUCUGACGGGGGAGUUCUCUUUGAAACAGAUUUCGGACAAAAGUUGGAAAAUGGCCAGUUGAAUUUACCAUCGCCAACGAGCUUUGCGGACCAGAGAGAUGUAUGUUUACCUUUUGUUUUGUUGGAGAUAAAGCUUUCCCCUUAA